AUGAAUUGCGCUGGCUUCGAGACGACGGCUGCUGUCAUACGAAUCGCAGCCUUCCACAUCUACAGCAACCCCGAUAUCCUCCAGAAGCUACGGGCUGAGCUUGCCGCUGCUCCCAACCACGAAUGGAAGACGCUCGAGCAGCCUCCUUACCUGACCUCCAUCGUCAUGGAAGCCAUGCGCCUGGCUCCGGCCAUAGCCACCCGCAGCGCUCGUAUCGCCCAGGACAAGGACAUUGUUUACGCGGACUGGAGGAUACUGGCCGGCACGCCUGUCGGCAUGACCUUGCAUCUACUUCACCGAAACGAGGAACAAUAUCCGGAGCCCCAGCGCUUCAACCCAGAGACCUUUGUGCCUUUCGGAAAAGGGAAGUGCAAUUGUAUUGGAAUGCAUCUUGCCUGGGCGGAAAUAUACCUGCUACUUGGCCACAUGGCGUCUCGUUUCGAAUUAAAGUUCCCUAAGACAAAGGCGGAGGAUUUCUACGUCAACAUGGACAAUUUUGCGCUCGGCACCCCAUCCAUGGGAGUAGUCCCUGCUCUUGUUACCGAAGUUACAGCAUGA